CUGCUGCCUAUUACUGCCGCCGCCGCCGCCGCCCUCGCCGUUAACGCGCUUAGGCCCCUUGAGCGUCCGCUCUUCUGCUCCCUUCAUGCGCUUGGCAGCUGACGGGAAGCCGCGCGGAGAGGCCCUGCUCUCUGCCGCCAAGUUCGAGGAGAAGGGCUCCGGCUGCGGCGCUACCACCGCGCCUCGUCCGGGACUCGGUGGCGCCGCCAUUUUGAGAUGCUGCUUGUAUUUACCUCACGGCGCUCGUCGCUUGAGAGAGCCCGGGCGGUAGAGGGAGGAGGGGAGAGAGAGGGGGGCGGGCUCACGGCCCGCGAGCGCCACUCUCCCCUCCCAAUGGAAGCGGCGCCAGGAUUGGACGGACAAAGAAAGCCGCCAAUCGCCGAGCGGGGUUUGAACUCGGGCCGCUGCGGCCCGCCUGGUCGCUUUCCCACAGCAGCAGCAGCGGCGGCUGCCGCCGCGAGUGGCGCAGUUAGAAAGGGGAGGCCGGGCGAGUCGGAGCUUGUCGCGGAUUCCGCGCGUUACUUCAAGUGGUUUAGGGGCAGCGAGAGGCGGCGGCGAACCUGGAGAGGCGACCGGCCACCUGGGAAAGGGCGGUUAGCGGCGGAGGCGGCACCUGCGUCUUCCAUCUCUGCGGCGGGUUAGAUUUCCCUUCCUCCGCGGCGGCUGAGCGGCUGCGUUGCUCGGGUGGCGGAGCGCGGCUCUUCCCACGUUGCCCUUCAGAAACGGGUAACGUUCAGCCGAGGGUUGCAGGCGAGACGACUUUCGGUCGCCAAAAACAGGCGUUUGCGCUUAGUCGGGCCGCGCUCUCGUCUCUUGAACGGGGCUUCUGACGGCUGAGCGUGUGGCGCUGAGGGCGGCCGCCAUCUUAGAAGAGGCAUCUCUCCCUCCCCUCUUUCCUUCCCUCUCCCUCACACAAGAGAAUUACCCCUCCUAAGAUGGUGCCCGUGUACAAAAACCAUUACGGUGUCGUCGUCGUCCGAGAACAGUACGUUUUUCUUACCAGAGAUAUACAGAGGCGUGUGUACAUUAUUAUUUUUGAGAGCUCUGUAGCAGUAGGUUGCAGUUAAGGCCUACUAAACUCAGGGCGGGGGACUUGUUUCUGAGGAGGUGGCCUGACUUAAAGCCUAGACAUAAUGCUUUCGGGUGGUUAAAGCGUUUCAUGCGCGCUGCCUGGCUGCGAUCCUUACAACAGCCCCGCAAGGCAGGAGGGGGGGACCCGUGGUCUUCCGCAUUUUGUUGGGAUUUCAACGCCCACGUGCCCCAGCCAGGGGUAGGUAAGCAGGGAUGGGAGUUGUAGUCCAAUAACACCAGGACUCUGUGAGGAAGGCAGUGUCAGCCUACGCAUGGCCGGGAGGUGGGAGCGGGACUGAUGCUGAAGAGGAAGCGGGGAGCCAGCCUAAGGGGGCAGGUGAGAUGGGCAGAGGUUUCCCCUGCAGGGCUACCAGCAAGGACACUUGCCUGGAGACAAACCCUGUUGAACACCGUGGGCUUUACUUUUGAGUAAACAUGCGGAAGGUUAUGUUGUAAAUUUUGUGCAGCAGCUAUAGAUUGAAGAUAGUUAAAAGUGGAUUAGUUGCCUCCCUCUGUUCUUGCAAUAACUCUGGUUAAAUAGUUGAUGAGGUGAUAAAUUCUUGCCCCUGCCCACCUCAAGCGGAAAUCAUUUUUCCUCCUUAUAAUGCUGGUGUACAGUUACAGUAUGCAUAAUUCUGUAUUUAUGUGUGAACGCUUUUAAAACUCAAAAAAACCCCUGAAGCUCUUCCUACACAAAUGCUAUUUUAAAAAUUAAGAAUAAGAUCAAAUAUAGUAUACUUGGAGGACCAUUAUUAAAUAAUGCUUAAAUGUAACUUAUUACCAUACCGCAAAAUAAUCUAGCUUUCUUUCUCUGGAUAGUGGCUAAUGUGGUAAUUUGUAGCUCUGAACUCAUAACAGUUUCUGUGCUACAAAUGCUAAUGUGGAGUAAUGUCUGAUAAUGGAACCAGUCAAAUGCAGGGCGAUUAUCAGGUUCCUGUACUUGAAAGGGCGCACAUCACAGGAGACGUUUGAUGAGAUGAAAGGAUCUUAUGGGGAGGAUGCCCCAUUGUAUGACGUAGUCAAGCACUGGCAUCGUCAGUUCAAGUGUGGCCGGACUUCAGUGGAAACAGCUCCCAUUCCUGGGCAACCACAGUCCCCCAUUGAUGAAGACACCAUCCAGCAAGUGGAGGCUGCUGUUUUGGAGGAUCCCUGCAUAACUGUUUGCCUACUAGCUGCAGAUGUCAAGAUCAGUGUGGGACCAGUGCGGAGUAAUGAUGAUAGAUUUCCUGGAAAGGGUAUAACAAUUACUGGGACAUACUACACUUCACUGCUGCAGAAAUUGCGGAAGGCCAUCAAAAUCGAGAGGCAUGAAGUUAUUUUUGGAAGGGCAAGCUUUUCCCAGACGAUAACAAGUCGUGGCUUCUGAGGCAAACUGCUGACUUCUAUAGACAAGGUCUCCAGAGCUGCAUAAAGCAAUGAGAGAAGUUUGUGACUCAUGCUGAUAGCAAUGUAGAGAAGGACUAAUAAUUGCCCAGUUUUGUUUGUCUCAGUCUGUGGGAAGUACGUCAGGGGAAAUCUUUAAUGAGUGCCUCUCGGAUGUAUUCAUGAUCUAUCUUUCCAUCAUUUCCACCAUAUAUGUAUGAAUCUCCUUUUGUUUUGUUACACAACCAGCACUUUCCAUUCACCUUACCAUCUCUUACCAUUCUAUUCCCCAAAGACUCCAAUAAAUGAAUCCAAUUUCCCCAAAGACUCCAAUAAAUGAAUCCAAAUUGGAUGGCCAUUUGUCUUGGAGGCUUUAGUUGAGAUUCUUGUAUAGCAGGGGGUUAGAUUAGAUGACCCUGUGGAUCUCUUCCAAUUCUGCAAUUCUUUGAUUCCAUGAAAUACUCAUUUGCACCUUGUGCUUCUGCAUAGGCCUAAUAUUGGUAUUCCUCAAAGCACUACACAUUUCAAAAUUUCUGCUUCAUAAUACUUUUCUAAAUGGGGAUUCUCAGUCCUCCUUACAGGCUACAAUUGCUGUUAUUUAUUUGCACUUUUUUCUAUCUAGAUGAACUUAGAUAUAAUUUCUUCCCAUUCUUGUCUAGUGUAAAACUAGAUAUAUUAUAUAAGCUAGGCUCUCCCCCCUCCCCCAAAAAAAUUCAUUCAAAAAAUUCAUUCACAUUCAGGGCUAAACAUGUCAUUAUUUUGUUUUUAUACCGUAUGUAUAGCAUCCUCCUCACGUUCAUCAUCAACAUCAUCAUCUUCAAGAACCUCAAAGCAACUUACAUAUAAAAACAAGAAUCACCAAAAACGGAAAGGUCAAUCCUUAAAAUACAAUUAAACAUUAAUAGGAUUAUAACUGUAUGCACAUAUAACACCUGUUUAAAACAUUACAAUAGAAACAGCAUGGCACCAGCCCUUUAAUGAAAAGGAGUCAAUUCCGAAAAGCCUAUAGAAGCAAGAAAGUCUUCACCUGCUGGCAGAAGGUCAGCAAGGAGGAAGCCAGUGUAGCUUCUCUAGGAAGCAGACCAGAUCCAGGUGCUUUUGGAAGAAAUUGAUUUUCUGGAUCCAUUUCAGUUGGGGUUUAGGCCCGGUUUUGGCACAGAAUCUGCUGUGGUCACCCUGUAUGAUGAUCUCUGUCAAGAGAGAGAGACAAGGGAAACACAUCCCUGUUAAUUCUUCUCGACCUCUCAGCAGCUUUCAGUACCAUCAACCAUGGUAUCCUUCUGGAGCGACUCUCCAAACUAGGAGUGGGUGACACCGCUUUGCAGUGGUUUCAGUCCUAACUGGAUGGUCGUUCCCAGACGGUGUUGCUUAGGGAAUGCUUUUCAGCCCCACGGGACCUUCAAUGUGGGGUUCCACAGGGCUCAAUUCUAUCCCCUACGUUGUUUAACAUCUACAUGAAACUGCUGGGUAGGGUUAUCCAGAGGUUUGGAGUAUGUUGUCAGCAGUAUGCUGAUGGCACUCAGCUCUAUUUCUCCUUUACAUCUGCAGGUGAGGCAGUGGAAGUGCAGGACCAGUUUAUUGCCUCAGUAGUGGACUGGAUGAGAGCCAACAAACUGAAGCUCAAUCCAGAUAAGACUGAGGCACUGUUAAUGGGUGUUUCCAUAGAGCAGAUAGGCAGGAGAUCGCCUGCUCUUGCUGGGGUUACACUUCCUCUGAAGGAGCAGGUUCAUAGCUUGGGAGUACUCCUGGAUCCUUUGGUGUCACUUGAGGCUCUGGUGGUCCAUCUAAGCUCCUAUUUUUGUAAAGGGACCUCUGGCAGUUAAGUCCAGUCGCAAACCACUCUGGGGUUGCGGCGCUCAUCUCGCUUUACAGGCUGAGGGAGCCGACGUUUGUCCACAGAUAGUUUUUCUGGGUCAUGGGGCCAGCAUGACUAAGCCACCUCUGGCAAAACCAGAGCAGUACACGGAAACACUGUUUACCUUCCUGUCGGAGUGGUACCUAUUUAUCUACUUCCACUUUUGGCGUGCUUUUGAACUGCUAGGUUGGCAGGAGCUGGGACCAAGCAAUGGGAGCUCACCCUGUCGCGGGGACUCAAACCGCCAGCCUUUUGAUCAGCAAGCCCAAGGCUCAGUGGUUUAGACCUAUAUCUUGAUAGGGAUAGCCUAACUACUGUUGUCUAUGUUCUAGUAACCUCAGGGUUAGAUUACUGCAAAGCGUUAUAUGUAGGGCUGCCUCUGAAGACGGUUUGGAAACUUCAGCUAGUGCAGAAUUCAGUGGCCAGGUUGCUCACUGGAGCAAGACUGUUUGAGCGUAUUACACUGAUCCUGGUCCGACUGCACUGGCUACCAAUUAGUUUCCAGGCCCAAUUCAAAGUGCUGGUUUUGACCUAUAAAGCCAAAUGGCUCAGGACUGCAAUACCUCAAGGACUGCCUCUCUCCAUAUCAACCCUGGGAUCAACUUCUGAAACUCUUUUUCGUGCCUCCUUGAGAGGUUUGGAAAAUGGGCCUUCUCUGCAGUGGUUCCAUGUCUGGAAUGCUCUCUCCAGGGAAGUUCGCCUGGCAUCUUCAUAAUACACCUUUAGGCACCAGGCAAAAACAUUCCUUUUUAAUCAUGCCUUUGGUUGAUUUCAUUGACAAAUCCUAAGCCCUUUUAAAACUUGGGGUUUUUGGGGGGGUUAUUAGGUUGUUUUUAUUUUGAUUAUAUAUUUUGUGGUGUUAUAUUUUGAUUUUGUUCUGUGAACCACCCUGAGAGGGUAUAGGGCGGUAUAAAAAUUUAAUAAUAAUAAUAAUAGGAGUUCCAAAGUCUGGGAGCAGCCACCAAGAAGGCCCUCAUUACAGUUCUUCCUUUAAUGAACCAUUCUUAUAUUUGUUUAUAUAUUUAUCAAUUACUUCAAUUAGUCAGUGGUUCAAUUACAUCAAUUGCUAUUAGUCUAUCCACUAAUAGUAGUUUUAAAAAAUAGUCAAAGAAUAAGAUCAUUGGUCUUUAGUCUAUUUUCCCUACAUUUCCCCCAUGUUGCCGCCUUGUUGCAAUAGUCACAUUUUUAACAGGCGAGUGGUUACUGGAAAUCUGUCCUGUGAAUUGCAGUCAUGUCUCCCAGUCACUAUGCUGAAAGAAUGCAGAGAUUAUAGUUAUAUUCCAGGUUAGUCCAGAAAGUAUGGUAUCUGUAUUGGGUGUAUAAAUCUAUUUCAGAUUUUCCUGCCCAAGUACAAUUAUGGUAUUAAUACCAUCUAACUAUUUCUGGGUAAGUGGUAUCCUCAUGGUUUCCAUAGUUCCUUAUAUAAAACUUAUAUAAAAAGAAUAAGGGUGGAGAUGCUGCAAAUGUGUCAUGAAGCAGUAAAGCCUGCUCAACUUUAUAUGUGGUUUUGCGGGGGAUUUACAGAAGGAAAUAGCAGGCCUAGCAAAACUUGUAUUUGCAAUCAGUUUAAAAGCUUUAAAAUGUUUUUUGACAUUCUCACCCUGCAGGACCAGUAGUGUUUAGGUCGGGAAACCUGCAGCCUUCCAAAUGUUGCUAGACUACAGGUUCUUAUUCACUGCACAUUGGAACAGUAGUGGACAGUGGAACAGUUAAGAUUAAAUUAUACUAAUUUCUGCCCUAAAUAGUUAUUUUUAAAAAGCUUACAGUAGAAGACUAAGGGUAGUAGUCUUCUAGACAUAUUUAAAUUAAUGAACAUGAUGAGUUAGGUUCAUUAAUUUUGAUGGCUCUUCUCUGAGUAAAACUCAGCUGACUGCCAUGUUUAGCAUAAAAGUGGCAAGAGAACAGGCAGCUAAACUGAUUUUUGCUGCUAAUUUGACUACAAUUAUUGACCUAGCAGACACUUUGAAAGUGGCAGAACAUCUAUUAGGCUUCAUAUCUCUUUGCCAAACUUAGCUGAAUUGGUGGGUUUUGUGAUGGCAACUGUAUCCAAUGUAGGAAAUGCAAAAAUUGCCUCCCACAACUUCACAGAGCUUUAUGUGGUACUGUUCUACAAAAACAUUUGCAUUUGAAAAUAAGGCAGCAUAGCAAUAAAUCCCGUUAAACUCUUUGGGAUUUAUUUCUGGGUAAACAUUUAAAGGAGCAGUCUUCACAUAUCACCAAAUUGUUCAUUUGUUUGGGAUAAGUCCAACAUACUUAGUAGUUAACUUAGGGUGGGGAUUGCCAGUGGUGGUUAGUCUCACCUUUUUCAGACCAAUGGCUCAGUGUUUUUUGUUGUUCUUUUAACAAGGAAAAAAGUGGAAUGUCUAGUUUCUUUAUAAUUAAACUUGUCUCUUACACAUACCCUAAUGAUCAAGUAAAUUGAACUUCUAAGUUUGCUUAACAAUCACUGGUCAACAACAAAUUUGUUGUCUGCAUUUUUCCAGCUGAUUUAGGACGAAUCUGAUGCACUGAAUCCAAAAAUCACAUUGGUUUUGCUCAAUCAGGUCAAGUUUUUGAGCUAUGGCCACAUGUUGUUUUUUUACGUUUUUGUUCACAUGUACGCUUGUGUGGAGCAUUUUAGAAGAAGUUGGUGGGGGUAAAAUGCCAUGUCGAAUAAUUGUUUUGAUUGGAAAUGAUUAUUUUAAUGACAAGAAGUAUUCAGGUCCGAGAGUUCUGGGUGAUUAUGUCGAAAAGGGAUCAGUUUGAAGUCAUAAAACCUCAAAAUCUUCCAUAAAUUGGUGCGGCAAAGCAUAAAGUUGGGGGAUCAAAACUAAGUUAAUGGGGCAGCUGCCCCACGAAGUAUAGGAAACUCCACCUAUUUUUGUUUUGCAGGUGAAUGAGAUGACUUCAGCCAGGAGAUCGUGCAGAAAUAAGCCCGAUGUGUUCUGCUACAUAUGUGGAGAAUACACCAUUGCUCCUAAUAGGAAGCCAGUCACAAGUUUCAUAAGGCGUGCUUACCAUUCUUAUUUUGGUAUUAAAUUUGGUGACCAGGAUAAAGCUUGGGCGCCACACAUGGUGUGCAAGGCAUGCACCGAGACUCUACGUGGGUGGACCAAUGGCAAGAGGAGUCUGAACUUUGGAAUUCCCAUGGUUUGGAGGGAGCCGACAAACCAUGUCACUGACUGCUACUUCUGUGCUGUUGAUGUGACUGGGAUCAACAGAAAGAACCGGAACAGCCUCAAGUAUCCUGAUCUUCAAUCAGCAAGUCGUCCUGUAGCUCAUUGUGAUGAAAUUCCAGUGCCUAUCUUCGGAGAACUUCCUGACAUUAGUGACGAAGAUGCCUCCAGUGUUGAAGGACAUGAAGAGGAGGUGGUUCUUGAAGAUGAUGCUCCACAUCCAUUUUCCCAAAAGGAGUUGAAUGAUCUAGUUCGCGACCUCAGCUUGUCAAAGGACUCUGCCGAACUAUUGGCAUCCAGAUUGAAGGAAAAAAACCUCCUCUCUGACAGAGAGACUCUGAAGAGAGACCUCCCUGCCGCUGAGCAUUCCAGGAGUUCCAAGAAACUGAAGUUCAAGCCCUGAAGUUUGAAAAAUGGUGAAGCAACAUGCAAUUUACGUGUACUUACCUUUAUCAAUGCCCACCAUUCAGUUUACAGUAAUCGAUGUUUCUAUCAGGUAAUCAAUAUAUGUUGUUGGAAAAACAUUUUUUUCUCUUAAAAACAUAUUUAGGAUAAUAUGUGUUGACAAAAAUCAGCUGAUAAUGCCACAGAAAUGUAAUCGAUUUUGUCACAAGAUCUGAUUUUUUUUCACAUCAACAUAGCACAAAAAUCUGACCUGAUGGAGAGAAACGGAUGCCAUUUCCUGAUUCAGCAGUGCAAAAAUACCCUAAAUCAGUUGUAGAAAUCUAGACAACAUUCAAAAAGUAAAAAAUUGUUGCCCAGUGAUAGUUAAAGCAUUUGAAAGCAAUCAUUUUCUAUUUGUUUUAAAAUAAAUACUGUAAGUAAUAUAUCAUUCAUUUUGCCCCCUCUUUUGGCUAGUCUAUUAAAUGUUGCAGGUUUAAGGUGCUUUAAUGUGACUCAUGAGAGACUUCUCAGUUUGAGAAUUUACAAUAAAUGAGGUAGAAUUUCUGAUUAAUACUGUUUUAAGAAUUUAUAGUCCAAACUUGGAGGUGUGAGUAGGCUAGGGAUACAGCAUCCUAUAUAAUAGAGUGAACUUGAUGAACAAGUUUCCAAGAACUGGUUGAUUCAGCUGCAACAAUUCCUCAGAGUUACAAAAACAAGCCUAGCUCUCCCUGGGCACGUACCUACCUUCUUUUCUCCCCUCUCCCUCCCUGAGCCUGUGUAUCUGUGGAGAAUUUGUUAGCUCUUGGUUCCAUUUUGGAUUACUGCAGGUUGCUGGGUUGACUUGAGUCAGGAUGAACUGUGGUUAAUCACAAAAAAAUAGUCUACAAAGGUUCCUUGUUUUCACUUACCAUAGCUAAGAUUGGAAAAUGUUUAAUUUUGAGAUAGGAUGAAGGGUGUGCAAGGGUGGUGGGAGGCUAGAUAUAUUGUCCCAUGUCACAGCAUUACAUGUUAGGAUGCAGCCACUGGGAGCGGGCAUAGCAAUUAUAUAGGUAGGAUCCAGAGAAUGAAGAAUAUAUUGUCUUGAGUUUAUUCUAUACUUUUUCACUGUUGUCACACAGAUAAGGCAAACUGGCUGUUUCCUGACGUCAGUCGCAUUACAGUGUAAGCCAUCUAAUGUAAAUUUAUGAGAUAGCUAGGAAAAAAUGGAGGUGCUGCAGGCAAAGAAUGAAGAACAUGUGGAUGAACAUAUUUAUCCAUCUCAACUUAUGGGAACCAAUAAUGAGAAAAUGCACAGUGCAUUUGUCUCUGGAGCUAAUGACUUCACUUGGUGACAAAACACUGCAAAUUUUGCAUUGCUUAUUCACAAAGGCAGAAUUUGAAAAUGCUUGUUUUCUUUUAAACAACAUGCCAACCUUUUUUCUUUCAAACUCCUUGCUAAUUGACCUAGAAAAUAACAUGCACUGCAACUGCAUGGACUACAAAUUUGUUCUUUCUCCAUAACCUAAGAUUUUUCUCAAUUUGUCCCUCUUUAAGAUCUAAAAGUCACAGAAAUGGAUUGUAAUUUUUUUGUCCUUUUUUGGGUAUACAUUUUGAGAUAAGGUCAAGACUAAUGUUAUGUAUACUUUCUGCAUUGCAUUUGAUGGGACUAUCAACAAAAGAGAACAUUAAAAAUGACAUUUUAAAAAUCCAUACCAAUUAUUUUAUUUUCUAUCAAUAUAUUUAUAAUUGCCUGAGAUGACCAUUUGUGGAGUUAUACAUGGACCUAUGCAUUUCAGUUCAAAAAACCUUAUCUACACAUGAUAGUUUUGAAAUAAGUUGUUUUUUAUAAGAAUCCCUAGAUAUUUUGUGGAAUUAUUUUGACAAAUUAUUACAGCUCAUUUUAGUGGCUUAAAAAAAAUCCAGACUUUGAUUGAAUGAUUUUUAUAGUUGAUAUUGAGAUAGCAGUUUCUUACCUUCAACAUUUCCCUCCAAAAUGUAAGUUUGUACUUAAUUACAUUUCCUUUCAUGAAAUAUGGAAUUCUUUACUCAGGGAUAGAAUUAUUAAACCCCAAACUAUAUAUAAACUGAAAUAUUCCCCAAAUAGAUCACUGUUGGUGCCAAAGGGGAGCAGCAGCAUGUAGUGGUUGGCAGAUCACUUUCCCCCCCUUUUAUAGUAGGAGCUACCACCGUGCCCACUUACUUGUCCACCCCACCUGCCUGCCACACCCAACCCCUUUAUACCUCUUCCUCUCCUGAUACAACUACACAACUUUUAGCAGACAUCUGAAGGCAGCCCUGUAACAGGAAGUUUUUAAUGUUCAAUGUUAUAUUAUGUUUUUAUAUGUGUUGGAAACCACCCAGAGUGGCUGGGGCAACCCAGCCAAAUAGAUGGGUGGACUGUUACUACUUUCAUCUCAGCAGACCUCCCAGUCACAGCUGCUACUGUCAUUUUAAACAGCAGGCUUAUCUCCCCUUUCCCUCCCUAGCAGCCAUGGUGGUGGCAGCAGCAUUGGGUGGAGGGCGGGAGGUGAAGUGGAACUUUCCCUCUCUGCUGCCCCUCCCCUAUCAUCUAUGGCAGCGACGGGGAACAUAGAAAUGCUUGCAAAGUUUGCACCAUACUGAUCCUUUCAGCCUUGGAAAUCACUGGUUGAAAGGCUCGGUGUGGGUCACCUUCAUCUCAUGCCACCACCACUGUAAAUCCAGUGGCUGGCUUGUCCGAACUGGUUGCUCACUCAGGAUGCUUGCCCACUUCUGGGGACACCCACCCACUCACUGGCCUGGGUCACCCAUCUCCUCCCUGCUUGGUCUCGGAUGCUGCCAUGACAGCACAGCAGUUCUUGGGCUAGUGUGUUGUCAUGGUGCAGUUUGCAGUACCACCAAUCAGCAACCACAAACUGCUGUGGGAUUAUAUUACAAUGUUAUGUAUGAAGGGAUACCACCCCUGCUUGCUUGGUUUGCCAACCCCACCCACCUGCCACACCUUGCAGUCCCUUAUCAACCCAUCCCCUCAUAGUUCCUUCAGUUGCACACAUACACCCUGAACAUUUCCCUAAACCCAACAUUUAACUCAGGAAUUAGGCCAUUAUCUUUGGAUCUGGUUACCUCAAGAUCUCCUGCACUUAACUUACUAGUGUAUAAAGAUCCUCUGCAGAAACUCCUGUGGCAUUUCACCUUACAACAACAAGGAAGAGGACCUUUUCUGUUGUGCCACCCAGUCUUUGAAACAGCCAUCUCCCAGAAGAUAUGUACCAAAAGUGAUGCCGUUUUGGCACAUUCUGAAAACACUUUAUGUACUAAGGAUAUCGUACCCCCCCCCCCCCAAAAUGGUGUCCUCCAAAUGCUUCAGACACAAUUUGCACUCUUGCUGGCCAAGGCUGAUGGAUUUGUAGUCUAAAACAUCAGCAUGGUUUCAGGUUGGAAAAGACUGCUCAGUACAAAAGAAAAGGGCCCAGCUCUCUGGCAGUGCUAGUCUGAGGACUUGGAUUUAUGGCACUCAAGACGUCACUUAGCAGUUGACUAUUGAUCCGUGAAUUCUCAUGUGACCAUCUAAUUACUACUGCAGUACACCCACUUAUAGUCCACAUUCAACUUUUGAUGUGUGUGUGUUUUUUUAAAGAAAGCACCAAAAAAACCAGUCAAUCCUUCCAGUUAUUUGCUGGAGUCUUUUCUUCAUUUGCCACUGGUCAUUUUUCAAAUACUAUAAUUCCCUUUGACUCUUUGAACUCACACGCAGUCUCGCUGGGAACUCAGCCUGAUUAGCUCCCUGGUUUUGGCACCAAUGUCUGUAGCCACUCAAGCCAUCAUUGCCCCUUGAGUCUUUUUGCUGUGGCAAAGGAAACCCUGCCGCCUUUUGGAAAAACUCUUACUCCUGGCUCCAUUCGGCAUUGUUUUCAGACUACAAUGAUACCGCAGUUUACGAACAGCCCAGUUUACGAACUUUUCGGAAUUAGAACGCCGCAAAAACAGAAGUAGUGUUCCGGUUAGCGAACUUUACCUCAGUCUACGAACGGAAGCUUAACAGUGGCAGGAGGCCUCAUUAGAGAAAGCAUGCCUCGGUUUAAGAACGGACUUCCAGAAAGGAUUAAGUUUGUAAACCGAGGUACCACUGUAUAAAGAAAAGAUACGUUGCUCCCCCUUUUAACAGUUUACUCAUCCACUUUCCAAUUACCAUCUCAUUUCUCUGCCUCCCCCCCCCCCCAAUGCCUCCUUUGCCUCACACAUCUCACAACUCAUCCCUUCCCCUUCACCAUCCCUUGCUUUUAUUAUAAUGAAUUCCAUUUUGUGGAACAGCUUUCA